AUGUGAAGUCCAAAGAAGCAGUAACAUUAGCUAAGCUGCUGGAGCUAGCUGGAGAGCCACCAAGAUGGAGAACCCCGGUGACGGUUCUGUUUUCAUCGGGGUUCUGUCGCUGUUCAAGACAGUGACGUGACGUCCGGGUCCGUUGGGGUCAUUUUUGAGAGUUUUGGGGCAUCCGUUUGAAAGGAGUUCGUGUGUGGACUUCGACGGGACAGUCGGCGUUAGCUAGCUGCUUGACGCUAGCCGCUGUCACGUUAGCUAACGUCGCUCGCGCGGCUUCGGUGCUCCCGGGGUCGCUUAUAUAAAAACAAGGGCUGAUCAGCUGCGGUCGACUGGAGAAACGACGGGUCUGUGAGUCUGUAGCCAACAUAUAUCCACUUUGUUCCGCACUUUAGUGCGUUAAAAACAAUUUCAUCUCAAACUUGGCCUUUUAGUUUGUUAUAUUAACGACGGGUUAGGACGAAAUUGAAAAUAAGCUUCUUACUUGCUAAGCUCGAAGGACUUUUACCGCAGGCGUCCCUUCUAAACACAAAUACCGUAGGGCAAAUAUUAUUUUAAAAGUUGUAAAGGUGAUACGUAUUGUGGGGAAUAGUAUUUGUAGCACGGAGACGUUAUUAGCCCGUCUCCUCGCUGGCUUGUUAGUAAAUAACACCGACCUUCUACCCCAGGAAGUCGGAGUCGGCGUUGACGAGGAAAUCGCUGAUUUAAUUCCUGGACAAGUGUGGGCUGUUUUUGGGACCAACGAUGGCAGACACGGGGCAUAUUUUUACAUAUGACUCGGGUUUAGUCAUAACCCCCUUUCAAGGACCAGAAAUGACAGUCGGGCGCGAUUGGGGUUUUGACAACAGGGUUGAUUUUUGUACAAAGUCCGGACUUGGGACCACCAGAGCACCUUUUCGCCGUCUAAGUAUCUAAAUUGGGGGAGAUGGAGACUGGGCUCAGGUCUCACCAUGGCGAGCUGUUCGUUCACCCGCUCUCCAACCCCGGGGCUGCGGGGAUCUGCCCCGAAAUGCUGGAGGUGGCGGAGGAGGCCAACCGGGCCGGGGACUUUAACCUGGCCGUGGAGAUCUACAGCUCGCAGCUGGCCGACCUCCAGCACCCGGACAGGGGCCUGUGUCUGAGGAAGGCCGACUCUCUGGCCCGAGCUGGGCGCAUUUCGGAGGCGCUGGAUUCGUAUUGCACCGCGGCCAACCUGGGCAAGCUGCACCCAGACGAGCUCCCCUUCCUGGUGGAAUCCAUCGCCCGCACUCUCCGCGAGAAAGAGCCGCCUGCGGCCGGGGCGAUAAGGGGGGGUGUGAAAAGCAGCGGCGGGGAGGAUGGAGCCAACAGUAACGGAGAGUGUGACGACGACGACGCAUUGGACUUAUUUUCCUGCCGCCUGUGCAAGUGUCUCCUCCACGAGCCCACCACGGUGGAGUGCGGCCACACGUUCUGCAAACGCUGCCUGGAGGACGACGCCGUCAAAGACUGCGCGCACUGCAAACAAGCGCUGAGCAAAAAAGAUGGACUGGCCGGUGGCCGCAGGUUAAACGUGGUCCUCAGCGGCCUGCUGGACAAGCUGUUUGCGACUGAGAGUAAGGCCAGGAGGUGCUGGAUCGAAGGGGAGGUUCUGUGGAAAAAGCAGAGCCUUGGAGAUGCCUUGGACAAGUAUAAUGCGGCAGUGGAUCUAGUGCCCUCUUCCGGCAGGCUGCUAUGCCAAAGGGCUGAAUUGCACAUGGAGAUGAGGAACUUCAGUCAGGCAGUGCAGGACGCGAGCACUCUCUGUAGGAUCAAACCUCACUGGACAAAGGCUCACUUUUUGAAAGCUACAGCUCUGAGUAAAGCAGACAGGAAUGAUGAGGCCUUGCAGGAGUAUUUCACAUGUGUUGCACUCAAGCCUGACUGGACCAAAGUAAAACUGGAGGCUCAGAAGGUCCUUAGUGAGCUGUUCUCCUCCGUGUUUGAGAAAGAGGACAUGCCAACACCGCUGCACCCUCUGCAAGGGGGCUUGGCCACUCGCCUCAUCAAACCCCCUGCCUUGCUUCAGUCCCUGAGUCCACUCACGCAGAGUCCUGGCUCCUCCACACAGGACUCAGAGUUUAGUGUGAUUAAAAAUGCUCCCGUGGACGAGUCGUCCUUCAGACUCUCUGGUGUGGCUCCCUGUAAGUCAGAUUCUGGUGCACGGGAGGGCAGCGCCAAAAGUUUGGCUGAUGUUCUGGCUGCAUUGCCAGCACCACCUGGUGGCCUUAAGAGGAAACACAGCAUCGACGGCCCCUCGACCUUCAACCCUCCCUCCAAAGUGCUCAGACCGGAUGAUGCGAGCACAUUUCAGACUGCAUCAGUUUGGGGAGGAAGGAUGUUUCCCGCUGAGCUGCUGGACAGUGGAGACAUGGAGUGUUCACUUUGCAUGAGAUUGUUCUAUGAGCCUGUAGCCACUCCCUGCGGACACACUUUCUGCCUCAAAUGUUUGGAGCGCUGCCUGGACCACAACCCCAACUGCCCUCUGUGCAAGGAGAACCUGUCUGAGUAUCUGGCAACCAGAGGUUAUAACAAGACCCUGCUAAUGGAGGAGGUACUCCGGCGUUACCUUGGUGAUGAGCUAACAGAGAGAAAAAAGAUCCAUGAGGAGGAGAUGAAAGAGCUGUCCAACUUAAACCAGGAAGUGCCCAUUUUCGUCUGUACUAUGGCUUUUCCCACCAUCCCCUGUCCACUACACGUGUUUGAGCCACGCUAUCGCCUCAUGAUCCGCCGCUCCAUGGAGACCGGUACCAAACAGUUUGGCAUGUGCAUAGCUGACGAGCUCAAAGGCUUCGCUGACUAUGGCUGCAUGCUGCAGGUGCGAGAUGUGAAGUUCUUCCCUGAUGGUCGUUCAGUGGUCGACACUAUCGGUGUGUCGCGGUUCAAGGUGCUUAGUCAUGGACAGAGAGAUGGCUACAACACUGCCAAGAUAGAUUACCUGGAAGACAAGAAGGUGGAGGGAGAGGAGCUGGUGGAGCUUCUGAAGCUGCAUGAUUCUGUGUACGAGCAGGCCAACAGCUGGUUCACUUCGCUAAAAGACAACAUGAAGAGCCAGAUACUCAGCCACUUUGGACACCUUCCCAGCAAAGACCCUGACCCACAGGGCAGUCCCAGUGGUCCAGCCUGGUGCUGGUGGCUGCUUGCUGUCCUUCCACUGGAGAACCGAGCCCAGCUCACCAUCCUCGCAAUGACAUCACUCAAGGACCGUCUCAUUGCCAUCCGCAGGGUUCUCAUCUUUGUCACACGCAAGAGGCCACGAUGAUUUCCCAGCUGCUUUGGAAACACGACAGAACUGCUCUGGCUUCUGUGCGCUUCAACAAACAAUUCUCAUUAACACUUACAUCAGUUAGACUCAUGAACUCUUUCCUGUCUCAGGCAGCCUCUUUGAGCACAUGUUCGUUCUGUAAGGAGCCACCGGUUGCACCAGGGUACAGACAUGAGGUCAUUUCCUGGGUUCUCUUUUAUCAGUUCACGCAUACAACCUUUCACCUGCAUCUACUCAUUGGAAGAUUUAAAAUGCAGCACAUGUCACCUCUUAGUAACAAAUGCUUAUGUCUAGAUUUUCUUUUCCUGGCCAUCUAUAAAGGAACAAAAGCUUGUUAGAAGCUAAGUAGGAAAGGAUUGAGUUCAGGAAUUUUUCAUACAUAUAUUAAGCGGUGAAUCACAUUAGAUAAAAGAGAGACACUGACUGUGUACAGGUCCUGAAUCUGCACACCUGUUCAAAUUGAAUGUAGCAGUCUGGUUGUAGUAUAAACUUUUCCCCCCCCUUUCCAACUUUUUUUACCCCAAAGUGAAGCAUCUCCCUCGACGAGCUGUGUGGAACCUGUGCUGAACGUGCCCGAUGAAAAGCUGCUUCACACCUAAACUUCCUGACUGAGCCAGCAUUCGUGUACAGAAACCCUGAGCUUUCUCUCUACUGCCAAACCUGGCAACGGGCAUGUACCUCAGAUUGUCUGAUUAAAAAGCAAUGGGCACCAGGAGAGAUGAUUGUAAUCAUGGCAAUGCGCACACUAAAAUGCUCCGGAUGCAGCGCAUGAGAAGUGCAAGUGCAACUCAACGAGCUCCAUGUACUUUAAUGAAGAUAAAUUAGGCUACUGCACAAAUUCUACUUGCAUUUACAAAUGCAUCCUACCAGAUGCUGCUGAUCUGGAACUCUGUCCAAUUGUAGCAUAUCUCUGGGACUCUAAGAGUUUUUGUUUGUUUGUCUUUCUGCUUUGCCCUAAGUGUGUGUGUGUGUGUGGGGGGGGCAUUUUCAUUUUGAUGAUUUACAUUCAUCAAUGUAACCGAGGCCUUUUUUUCAUGUAUUAUUUAAAAAAGUUUCAUUUUUCUCUCUAGUAUAGUUGCAUUUCUUAAAGUUGCUCUGUGGAUGUUUAUAUAUACCUGGUUAUGUUUAUGUUCAGUGAUUCUCACCAUAACUCAGAUGUUGAAUAAAGAACAUGCUAAACAUGCCAAGACACACAGAAGUGUCCCAGCAGGAUACAAAGAACAUUGGAGAUUCAGAACAUUCAGAUUAUCAGCUUUGCAGGUCACUUUGUUUAAAUGAGGAAUUGAAUGUAUACGCGGCUUUUGAGAAAAUUCUUAAUCAUUGGGAAGGACAAACGGUGUCAAUGGCUUGAAUCCAACUUUGACUGUAAGCUAGUUCAGUUGUUUGCAGUAGGCCAGCUGUGGUGGUGAUUGCGGUACUCGCGUGCAUGUGCAUUCACUCUUUCUCUGUACGACCCUGUCCUUCCAAUGUUGGUGACGUCACGGCCCCAGAACACAGGAGGCCGUGCUUCACAACAUGCUGCAUUUUCCUGGUAUAUUUGUAAAGCAGGAUCUUCUACCAAUUUUUUAUCACAAAUAAAGAAAUGCAUUUAAUCUGUC